AUGGCCGCAGACGAGCCAGCCGCGGACAAGGGCCCCUCCAACCCUGAACUCGACAUCAAGAAGCUCCACGCGCUACCUUCAGAGCAGCAAGACCUAUACUUGCUCACCUUCAGUUCCGACCUUGCCCGCCAUGUAGCUGCCCUAGACGGCGAUGGUGCCUCGGCGCACCAAAUAUACAUCAAGAAAGAGAUAUUCCAGAUCAUCAACCUCGCAUCCCCCACCCCCACACGAGUAAUCCGAAACAACCUGGGACGGGCAAUCGCUGGCAUAUUCGAGAAGGGGGACAGGAAACUGCUCUUUGAAUCCAUCAACGAGUCAGUCGGCAUAAUCAACGCGGCAGGAAAGAGCGAGAAGGAUGUUAGGACGAAGCACGCGGCUGUGCAUUGCUUGGGGGCCAUCUUCGAGGCCGCAGGCGACAGCGCUAUAGGCUUAUCCCCCUUGGCAGUCAAGUCACUGCUGGGCCUCGUCAAGUUUUCGCAAAGCUACACUGGACUGCGGGCGGCGGUAUUCAAAGCUGUAGGGAAAGUCUUCAAAGGGGUCAGCUCUCACGCCGAUGAGCUCAUAGCAAGAGAUGCUUGGAAGCAGGCACGCAACGCUGGUAGUGACAAGUCAUACCUUGUGCAGACAGCUGUGUGCUACUGUCUUGAACAACUCCUCCGACAUACAACGUUCUUCGACAACUCCAAUGACUUCGAUAAACUGCAGAAUCUGGCCUGGAAAGCCAUCGACAGUCCCUCGUCGUCCGUAAGACAUGCUGUUGCUUCGUGCAUCAGCGCAGCGCUGGUAAAGAACUAUUCUGAGAACGCGCCGGUUGACCUCCCCAUCCUUGGUAUUACCCGUUCAUCGACUGCGAAGAAGAACAAGAAGAAGAAACCAGGCGACGAUGAUGGGGACGACAUGGUCAUGGAGCGAUCCGAGUCCCCAGCACCCAAGAAGUCGGCUACGCAACUCUCCUUCACAAUCGCAAGUCUCCUCAAACUGCUUGCGACGCAAUACUGUCGACCCCAGGCGGGCAAUCGUGCAAGAGCUGGAAUUGCUGUGUGCUAUAUCAAGACUAUCAAGGGGCUGGGCGAGCAGAUCAUCGAAACCAAGUACCCAGAGAUUGCGCGGAGUUUAUUCACCGAUGUCCUCAGCAACAACAUCAUCGUGCAGAACCGUUACCGCACACUCAGCACUAGGAAGUUUGUGGCCGUCAUCUUGGAAACAGUUAUCGGCCGCGAAAUGCUGGGAGAAUCUGGUCAGCUCAACGCCGCAAGGUUCUUAGUCAACGAGAUUCUGAAAGACUAUCCCCAAGCGCUCAAGGAACGGCCAGAGCCAACGAAACAGACACUCAUUGGGUCGCUGAGUACGCUAUCCUCGCUAUUCAAUAGCUUGGGAUCGGCUACCAACGUCAUCGCGGACUCCUGUCGCGAUGCACUUCUUCAGGUUUUGCAGCAUCCCAGUUAUACAGUUCAGGUGACUGCCUCUGCCUGUCUACGUUCCUUCGUACUUGCGUGUCCUCUUCAAUUACUUCCAGCGGUCACCAUAUGCAUGAACAGCGUCAACCGAGAGCUUGGCCUCCUUGCUGGACCAAGGCAAUCACCCAGGAAAUGCGUCGGUCUAGCCAACGGCCUUUCGGCUGUGCUCAGCACGUCUACGUCCCAACCUCUUCAUGGCUCUGUAGACGUCAAUUCAAGAGUACUUUCACAAGCCACUUCACUGCUCAAAUCUGCAAGUAAUUCAGAUCUGAGAAUCGGUUCUACCCAGAUACAAGUCGCAUGGAUCCUAAUCGGAGGCCUCAUGACUCUUGGUCCCAAUUUCGUCAAGAUACAUCUUUCGCAAUUGCUUCUGUUGUGGAAGAACGCACUACCCAAACCGUUAAAUAGAGACAACAUGGUGCAGAGGAACUAUCUAGAACUGUGUUUCCUGGCACACGUUCGAGAGUGCGCACUAGGUUCCAUCUUAACAUUCUUGGAGUUUAACAGUCGGAUAUUGACGAUGGAUGUCACUAAGAGACUAGCUGCAAUGUUGCAAAACACGACUAUGUUUCUGAACACUUUGCCAGCCAAGAAGACGACUGAUGAUAUGUCUCAACGUCUGUCCCCCGCACUUCAACUUCAUGACUUCGACCUGAUGGUACGAAGGAGGGUACUCCAAUGUUACACCAGACUUGUUGAACUGAGUCCAGCAAGUAGCCAUGAGGUUUUACUACAGACGAAUUUACUACCUUUCGCCAUUGCAUCUUUCGCAGAGCCUGACAACUACACCACUAGCUCUUUCAGUACCGCGAUCGCGAGUGCAGCAGGAACUUUCGAAAGUAUAUGGGAGGUGGCUGAUAACCAUGGCUUCGGAGUCACUGGACUCGUGCGAGGAUUCGAUAUCAAGCCUCUUCCUGGAGAGCAAGAGACUGGUACCCAUCAUCACUGGCUCACGAGGCAUGGAUCUGAGGCCAUAGUUGAUCGCACACUUCUCUCGCCCAUUUGUGGUGCCCGCGAACACGAUUCGAUAUCCUUGUAUAUCAGGACAUCAGAUGAAAGUCAUGAGCUUCCUGAUCCACCAGCUACCGAAGUCGUCAACUCAGCACUUCAGCUAUUUGCCAUAUGUCUACCAUUACAAACAGCUAGGAUCCAGGAAAGCAUCUUGGAGCAGAUGACAUCCUUCCUAUCGGCCAGUAGCCUGCAGCGCGAUAUCAACAGAAAGACAGCCAUGAUGGUCAACAUUGCAUAUGCAGUGUUGUCUGCUCUGAAAGUUGCAGUCAAGGAGACACGCUCGGCUCCUGGUAGCUUGAAGGGACCGGCUGUUGAAAAGGUGAUGCAAGAUCUGCUGCACCUGUUUGUUAUCCUUCCCGAUCCCUUCAUCCGCAACCUUGCCGGUGAGGCAUUGGGGCGUCUGUGCAACAGCUCUGGAAAUGCUCUUACAACCACCGAAGUCAACUACCUGGUGGACCAGAUUGUUGCUAAUCGCGAGCCAAAUGCUCGUUCGGGUUACGCCGUCGCUCUUGGAUGUAUUCACUCUCAGCUUGGUGGUAUGGCUGCUGGCUUCCAUCUCAAGAAUAUACUUGGGAUACUGAUGUCGCUGGGCAACGAUCCCCAUCCAGUCGUGCACUUCUGGGCCAUCGACAGCUUGUCAAGAGUAGCCGACUCCGCUGGUCUUUCCUUCUCCAGUUAUGUCACUAGUACGCUUGGCAUGUUGGCGCAGUUGUAUGCUGCGGAUACUCAUAACGACGAGUCGGUAUCUCUUGCGUCUUCAAACAUAGAGAUCGAUAUACCCUCCCCCGCAGUCAUUGCGCGAUGCGUUGACAGCACUAUCAACGUACUCGGACCGGAUCUACAGGAUGUUGCAAAAGCACGAGACCUUAUCAUGACCCUUGUAGGCCUGUUUCAGGGCGAUACAGACGAGCUAGUUGUCAUUGAGAGUCUACGUUGCCAGGAACACAUCUCGUUGUAUGCACCAGGCCAUAUGGAGUUCUCAGCUUACGUCAAACAUCUACAACGGUCUGUUGAAAGCAACUCCGCACAGAUUCGAGACAUGGCCAUCGACGGAUUGCACAACCUUAUGAGACGUAACACGGAAGAAGUUAUACGCGCUGCUGAUCCCGGUCUAGAAGACCAAUUGUGGCACGUGCUCGAUCGUGAUUCGGAGCACGAGGUCGUGCGGAACAUCAUCCGCAACUGGCUGCAUCAGACAGGGUUAUCAGAUACUGCAACCUGGGUACAGAGAUGUCACUCAGUACUUACCAAAACGAAGAAGGUCGAGACGCAGGAUAAGAUCGAAUCAAAACCAAAAGCAGGAGCGACAGAUUUGCAGGACGAGGAAGUCGCGGGUUUUGCAUCAGCAUCUAACGCGCCCGGUGCCGAAGCUGGAGAUGGUGCACAAGUAAGUCAGGAACUACUCAAAUGGCAAGUCCGAACGUUUGGCAUGGAUUGCUUGAGCGAGCUCGUUGCGAUGGUGAGCAAAGAGGCUACGUUCCGAGAGGAAUCGCCUUGCGUUAUGGCAUUGCAGCAAAGGGUAGCUGAUGUUGUGCGCAUCGCCUUCUCUGCAUCUACAGCCGGUGUAGUGCAGCUGAGGAUCCGUGGUUUGAAAAUCAUUGAUCAGGUGCUCAAGUUAUUUGGCAAGACGCCUGACCCUGAUUUCGCCGAAGUCACUCUGCUUGAACAAUACCAAGCUCAGAUCGGUUCAGCUCUUACCCCAGCGUUUGCAGCAGAUUCGUCUCCCGAGCUCGCGGCUGAGGCUGUUAAUGUUUGUGCUACGUUUAUUGCCACUGGCAUUGUUACUGAUGUAGAUCGGAUGGGUCGUAUUCUCAAGUUGCUCGUCUCAGCACUUGAAAACUUUUCUAGCGAGUCCGAAACUGCUGCCAUUGGCGAUCUCAAAGGACUUAGCUCGAACGCUCAAGUUAUGGUCAAAAUGGCGGUCUUCUCAGCUUGGGCGGAACUGCAGAUUGCUAGUGCCGAGCAGAGCUAUUUGGUGGACGUAUUGAAGCCACACAUCGCGAAGCUGACGCCUCUCUGGCUGGCAUCACUACGAGAAUAUGCUCGUCUGAGGUUCGAGCCUGACAUUUCUUCUUCCAUGGGUUCAGCAUCUCUCUCUGGAAGUCUUGACACGAUCUACGCCGCGCUCAACCGUGAGACGCUUUUGAAGUUCUAUCAAGAUACCUGGCUCAACCUUGUAGAUGCCAUCGCCAGCCUCAUCGAUGAAGACAGUGAGUUCGUCUUCGACGCUCUAGACGGCAAAACCGAACUGUCCGAAUCUACGCCUAAUGGGAAGUCUGAUCAUAUAAACUACCGCGACGAGCCUGUGGCUUUCUUCUUCGUGCUCUUUGGGCUCGCGUUCGAAGCAUUAGCAGGCCGUCCAGGUGAUCUGCAAGCAUCCAAGGAGCAGAUACUGGAGAUUUUACAGGCGCUGAAGAAGAUAUUACGGCCCUCUGUAUCUGGUCAUGCCAUCUACCGGGAAGUUGUCUUCUCUGAAACGAUGGAUAUGCUAGAUCGGCUGGUGCUCACCGAAGGCUUGACUGUUCAGACUGUCAUUGUCGAGAUUACCCGAAAUCUGUGCCUCGGCCACCCAUCUGCGCGGAGGGAUCAAGGAGCUCCAUCCGCCGAUGAGCAUCUUUCGGAAGAUAUUGAUCAGCUGUUCGAGUUGACCAAGAUUAUGGUGCUUGUACUGUCCGGGCUGGUGCCUGGGUUGGAAGACAGCAAAGCAAAAGCGCGCCACGAGAUGAAUGAGGAGGCAGUUGCUUUACUGACAACGGCUCUAUCCGCACUUGUGGACGCCGCACAAGUCUUCCCGUCGAUCAUCAAAGCUGACCUCCAUGCUUGCAUUCUUCACAUUUUUGCAACUAUACUAAGCACUGGAGCAUGUCAAGCAACAGUCAUCCCGCAAGCGCUCCCAAUCUUCAAGCGCUUCAUCACCAGUCUCGCGCCCCAUGCCGAAGGUACAGACGACACUAGCAAGCAACUUCGUGCAACUUUAGCGCGCUUCAUCGCGAUUUUGAGAUACGCGCAACAGCGCGAAUUCGAUGCUGCUCUUGCAUGCGAGAAGAACACAAUUCUUGCGACCACAAUCUUACUGAGCUCUGCAGCCUCUGCUUUCUCACCCAACGAUCCACUUGUCAAGCGCUUCGUUGACGACCUAUUCGACUGCCUCGGCACUGUAACUACGAGCAAGGUGGCAGCAGGUUGUUAUCGCUCACUUCUCCUCUUACCCAAGAAGGGCGCUCUCGAGACAAGCCUCGCAAAGCUUAUUCUUCCGCCGACACUUUCUUUCCUUACAAACCCCUCUGAUGUUGAGGGCCUCGACGAGUCACGUACCACUCUCGCACAGACUCUUGUCACAUUCAUCUCCACACUGCCUCAACCACCACAGCGCCAGACCGCGACUAAGAUCAUCAUACCUGCCUUGUUGGCGCGAGCGCAGAAGGAACCCAAGGCUAGCCAAGAAACUGCAGCGCGAUUGUUGGAGAUUGCUAGUGCGGAUCAACAGGCAUUUAGAGGUGUAGUGACUGGAUUGAACGCUGAGCAGAGGAGCUUCAUGGAAGGCGUACUGAAGAGUGGGCAAGGGCCAAGAAGGCAGGAGAUUAGCAGAGAGGAUGAUGGCAUGCCAAAAUUGCGCUUAAGAUGGACUUUGGCUCAUAAGACCGGUUGGGGCUUGUACGACAAUGACCAUGCGUGUAGAUGA